GGCCUCAAAAGGGCCGGGCGCGGCGCCGCCGGGCGGCUGAGCUAGAAGCUGCGAGCGCUGCGGGAGCCCGAGCCCAGUCCCCGCGCAGAUCGGACCGCGCCAGGCUAGGCAAGGUGGGCCCGGGGGCGAGGGGGGGUCCCCUGGCUUUCCUCCGGCCGAUCCCCACCGACUAGCCUCCCCCGCGCCCUCCUGUUUGGCGCCCAGUCCGCCCCCCUCCAGCCGCCCCUCCGUGGGGUGCCCAAACGCCCCCCAAGCGCCUUCCCCCCUCCCCCGGUGCUUCCUCCGCGCCCCCCAGCAGCCAUGCACUGCCAAGGCGAGCGGAGACUGGCAUCCCCCGGGCAGCUGAAAGCAGCCAGGCGGCGCUACAAGACUUUCAUGAUCGACGAGAUCCUGUCCCGGGAGACGUGCGAUUACUUCGAGAAGCUCUCCCUCUACUCCGUCUGCCCGUCCCUGGUCGUCAGACCCAAACCUCUGCACUCCUGUACCGGUUCUCCUUCUCUGAGGGCCUAUCCCCUCAUCUCCGUCAUCACCAGGCAGCCCUCCGGAAUCUCCCACUUCCUCCCCACCGCAGGCGCUUCUCGAGUCCUGUCCCCCCACCCGCCCUCAGGAAACAACUGCUCAGAGACCCAAGCCAGCGAAACCCACGGGAGCAGCGAAUCAGAGGCGGAGCAGCCCACCCCACGCUUGAAAAAGCCUCGCCGCAGCCGGACCAUUUUUACGGAACUGCAGCUCAUGGGGCUGGAGAAGAAAUUCCAGAAACAGAAAUAUCUGUCAACUCCAGACAGGUUGGUAGAGAAGACUUUCCAGGGGUGA